UAGCGCCCAUCAUUUCGCACACACGUUCAGCCGCGCUGGAAUUUUGUGUUCGCCUUAUUUGGAUAAAAGUUUGGUUGUUUAAAUUUUCGCGCUGAAUAACUGUAAAGUGUGUUAUAAGAUGGCUAAAAUUGGACAAAAUUACAAGAUGCUGAGAUGUUGCCUGUGGGUGGCGAUGCUGUUGGCGCCUCUGCUUGUCAGUUCGGCAGCGGUGAAAACGGUUCCGUUUAAAAAGAACGUGAAAACUUUCGACGAAUGGACGUGCAGUCAACCGCAACCGCGGGUCAUUCAUAUCGAAAAUCUGGAUGAGUAUGCGGCUCCUAAUGCGAUUUACUUUCCUCCGGCGUUGGUCAUCCACCAGUGCGACCAGUCGACCGGAUGCUGCAAGGUGCCUGGACAGGUGUGCAAAUCGCUCGAGUCGGCGGAAGAGAAAAUCCAGUUCGCCGUCAAGGCCGUCAGCACUUCCGGGAGCGUCAAUAAUCCAACAGCAGCCAACAAUAAUAAUAAGCGCAACAUUAACAGCAAACAGAAGAAAGAAAAGAAACUGAUGAUUAGUUUGACCAAUCACACUCGUUGCGAAUGUGUCGGGAAAAUCGAUCUAAGAAUCUAAUCAUCAAAAAGGAAUCCCGAAUUUGAUCCCGACUAUCGUGAGUGUGGAGCAGCCGUGUGGGAUAAUUUAUUUCUUACAUAAUUUGUGAUAUUCCAAGAAACAAAAAUCAUUGUCUCGUAGAAUUAAUUAUAUAAUACCGACUAAUUAUUUAUUCACGUUUAUAUUAUGUAACCUCUCCGUCCUGAUGAGCCUGUUUUCUCUUUUAUAGGAUGUUGCCAUAGGCGCUGAUUUUUGCUCUAUUUUAUACUCACAUGCUCAAAAAUAACCAAUCAAUAUAGAUUAGUCCUGGUGGACAGCGCAUAAGAAAAUUUCAUUAUUCCAUCUGUCGUUUCACCAGCAUCACUGGAUUUACAUAAUCAUUUGGAUCGGGUUAGAGAGAGAGAAAGAAGGAGGUCAAUCGGCACACACAGUUUGUCAGCUUCUCUUUUAUCUCUCAUCUGAUGUGUCUCCGUGCACUCUAUGGCCUUGUGUGACUGGCCGAUUGACGUGUGUGUGUCUGGACAAGACUGAAUUGAAAUUCUAGAGGUUCCCCUAGACGAUAUCACAGGCUAUCGGCUUCCUUGGCUACUUCAAUUUAUUGACUUGGCAUUCAAAUUCAUUUGCAUAUGUAAUCGGCACCGCCCCUUCGACUAUAUUUAAUCCCCCCCAAAAAAGUGAAAGAAUAGCUGAGCCAUUUUGGGCUCGAUAAAAUCAAACCGCAAUCCUAUAUAAUCAAAGAC